GGACUAGACUUGGUAACUGUUUCUCUACACUGAACCAUUUCACAGAAAACCACCGAGUGACCUUGUUUGCCAGCAGUGGUGGUCAGUAGAGGUCCCUUCCAUCCGUGGCGAGAACCGAGUAAGGCACACGGGCCAUAAACAAGCUUCGUCGCUCAGGGGUCCAUGUUAGCUUAUUAGCCUGUGUUUAUGAGGCUGUAACUGUUAGCCCCGCUCUCUACCUGUCUCAACAAAGAAUAACUUCACAUAAGAGGAGAUAAAUACUUGUAAAUAAUGACCAGGGAAUGACCAAGGCUUUCAUUCUUGUGAAACUCAGCGAGCAGACGAACGAAGGCCGUGGCUGCUCUCCCAGGAGCUAAUCCAUUAAUCUCAUUAGGGUGUUAACGGACGUUAGCUCGCUGCUAGCCUCCACUUGGAGCUGAGGUUUUACUCGGGGGUCACUUUCCCCUGACAGGAAAACUCUGUGUCUCCUCUCAUUGCGCUGGACGUCGGGCUGAUUUGGUCAGCAUGGGCUGAAGUAGCUAAUGCUGUUUGGCUGCUGCCAGUAGGUCCGGUAACGUUAAGCUUGUUCGUUGUGAAGUGAAGUGGUCGGGAGGUUACUAUAAAGAGACAGAGGAGCUCCACCAUGGAAAGGUCAGCGCCCAUCACGACCCGCUGUCAGCACCAAGGCUGGAUGGGAGUGACCGAUAUGAAAGGCUCUUCAGUCCACUGGAUAUCUUGUGGCCAGCCGUUAGCAGAGCCCAUUGGGUGGAGGAUAAAGUUCUGCCUGCUUACUGAGUGUGAGCUGGUUCUGCUUGACAAAGCAGAGAUCAGUCCACUGCUGGUUCGAGAGAGGCGAGCGGAGUCGUGUACCGUGUGGCUCCUGAGGCACAGCAUCAGCCUGCCACGGAGACAGCAGCUCCAUAAAGACCAGAGCACUCAGACCACACCCAGUAGUGAGUGCAGUGGAGAAACACAGUUGCCCACCGAGCGUGUGGGCCGCAGGCGCAGCAUGCCAGGCAGCACCAUGGACAAACCUCCCCCCACCAUUGAAUCAGCAGCCUCAACACCAUUCAGAGUCACGGGCUUCCUGAGCCGACGGCUGAAGGGCUCCAUCAAACGCACUAAGAGCCAGCCGAAGCUUGACCGCAACAGCAGCUUCCGGAACAUCCUCCCGGCCUUCAAGAGUGCCGACAAUGACAGAUCCCAUCUGAUGCCGAGGCUGAAGGAGUCACGGUCUCACGAGUCAUUGCUCAGUCCCAGCAGUGCAGUGGAAGCUUUGGAUCUCAGCAUGGAAGAGGAGGUGCUCAUCAAACCUGUGCACAGCAGCAUCCUGGGACAGGACUUUUGCUUUGAGGUAACUACAUCAACAGGAAGCAAAUGCUUCUCCUGCCGGUCAGCAGCAGAGAGAGAGAAAUGGAUGGAGAAUCUGAGGCGAGCUGUGCAUCCCAACAAGGACAACAGCCGUCGAGUGGAGAACAUGCUGAAAUGUUGGAUUAUCGAGGCCAAGGACUUGCCAGCUAAGAAAAAGUAUUUCUGCGAACUGUGUCUGGACGACACUCUUUACGCACGGACUACCUGCAAACUCAAAACGGACAAUGUUUUCUGGGGCGAACACUUUGAGUUCAACAACCUGCCGUCAGUCAAGAGCAUCACCGUGCACCUGUACAAGGAGACAGACAAAAAGAAAAAGAAAGACAAGAACAAUUACAUCGGUUUGGUGAAUGUGCCCAUAGUGGCGGUGACAGGACGGCAGUUUGUGGAGAAAUGGUACACGGUCAGCACCCCGAACCCUAAUAAGGGCAAGACGCCAGGUCCCAUGGUGCGCAUGAAGUGUCGUUACCAGAGCAUGAGCAUCCUCCCCAUGGAGCUGUACAAAGAGUUUGCAGAAUACAUCACUAAUAACUACAUGCUGCUUUGUUCCAUCCUGGAACCAGCCCUCAGUGUCAAGAGCAAGGAGGAGAUGGCCUGUGCAUUAGUGCAUAUUCUCCAGAGCACAGGCAAGGCCAAGGAUUUCCUGACUGAUCUGAUGAUGUCAGAGGUGGAUCGGUGUGGAGACAACGAGCAUCUCAUUUUCCGGGAGAACACAUUGGCCACCAAAGCCAUUGAGGAGUACCUCAAACUGGUGGGCCAGAAGUACCUGCAGGAUGCAUUGGGUGAGUUCAUCAAAGCUCUCUAUGAGUCAGAUGAAAACUGUGAAGUGGAUCCAUCGAAGUGUUCCUCUAGUGACCUGCCUGAGCACCAGGGCAACCUGAAAAUGUGCUGUGAGCUCGCAUUCUGCAAGAUCAUCAACUCUUACUGCGUGUUCCCACGUGAGCUGAAGGAGGUGUUUGCGUCGUGGCGGCAGGAGUGCGGUAACCGGGGACGCCCCGACAUCAGCGAGCGCCUCAUAAGCGCCUCCCUCUUCCUACGAUUCCUCUGUCCCGCCAUCAUGUCCCCCUCGCUCUUCGACCUAAUGCAGGAGUAUCCGGAUGACCGCACCGCGCGCACACUCACACUCAUCGCCAAGGUCACACAAAACCUCGCCAACUUCACCAAAUUUGGCAGUAAAGAGGAGUACAUGUCCUUCAUGAACCAGUUCCUGGAGCAUGAGUGGACCAACAUGCAGCGCUUUCUGCUCGAGAUCUCCAACCCAGAGACCAUCUCCAACACUGCCGGCUUCGAGGGCUACAUUGACCUGGGUCGCGAACUCUCCACUUUGCACUCCUUAUUGUCAGAGGCCGUCACCCAGCUUGACCAGAGCACGGCCGCUAAGUUGGGGCCAUUGGUGCGGAUCCUGAGGGACGUGAACAUGGCCCUGACCAACCCCACAGGGGUUCCGGUGGCGUCCCCCACAGAGCGGGUGGGAUCACCCAGCCUACCCAGCUGCAGCGUCUCCACCGGCCUGCAGAAACUCGUCAUGGACACUGAGCUCACUGGGUUGGUGGAUUUCACCAGGCUGCCCUCUCCGACCCCUGAAAACAAGGAUUUGUUCUUUGUUACGAGGAAUUCAGUCAUCCAACCAUCACCUGCCCGCAGCUCCAGCUACUCAGAAGCCAACGAGCCAGACAUACAGCUCCCUAAUGGCAGCAAAAGCCUGUCCAUGGUGGACCUGCAGGACAGCCGUAGCCUGGAGAGCGGCCCUUGCACUUCGUCCAGUGACCCUGCCAAUGACCUACAGGGCAGUGGGGCAUGGAACGCCCCUACCCUUAAAGGCAAUAUGGCUGCUGGGCCCACUCUGAGGAAAACGGGCCAGACACCCACCACCCCAAGCACAGAGACUGCCCCAGGACGGCCCCAGCUGCUGGCCCCCCUCUCCUUCCAGAACCCAGUAUACCAGAUGGCGGCCGGUCUGCCGGUGUCGCCCCGAGGGGGUGGAACAGCUGAUUCGGGCUCAGAAUGCCACAGCUCCAUCAGCUCCCAGGGCAAUGUGGAGGACUCAGCAACUACAGGGGCCAAGCACCAGUUUGUUUCCCAAGGCAGCACAGGUGCAGCAGCUGGAGGAGGAGGUGGCAGCAGCAGUGAUGAGUUUGUAAGACGCUCAGGGGAGUUCACACGAAGGCAGCUGUCACUCACUGAGACCCAGCACCAGGCCAAUGUGCCAAGGCAGAACAGUGCUGGCCCUCAGAGGAGGAUAGACCAACCUCCUCCGCCCACCAUCACACGAGGACGCACCCCUCCCAGCAUGCUUAACACCGCCCCCUACCCACGGCCCUCCAGCGGCAGCAUGAUGUCAUCCUCACCAGACUGGCCCAGUGGCGGCGCCCGGCUGAGACAGCAGUCCUCCUCCUCUAAAGGGGACAGCCCAGAGACCAAACAGCGCACUCUGCACAAACAGGCCCCGUCUCCAGUGAAUCCUGGUGCUCUGGACCGUACUGCUGCCUGGUUGCUAAAUAUGAAUGUGCAGUAUCUGGAGCAGGAGGGAAUUGACCCAGAUUCCAGACACAGGGAGGACCUCCCAAACAAGGACGAGCUCACACAGACUGAAAAGUAUCAGCAGGAGAUCGCUAUGCUGCAGGAGCGCCUGCGUCUGUCUGCAAAGAAGCUGGAGGAGUAUGAGGUACGUCUGCAGGGUCAGGAUGAGCAGACCCAGAAGAUGCUACUGGAGUACCAGGCUCGGCUGGAGGACGCAGAGGACCGUCUGCGCAGGCAGCAGGAGGACAAAGAGCUGCAGAUGAAGAGCAUCAUCACCAGGUUAAUGUCUGUUGAGGAGGAGCUUAAGAAAGACCAUGCAGAUAUGCAGGCCAUCGUCGACUCUAAACAGAAAAUCAUCGAAGCCCAGGAGAAGCGCAUAGCAUCUCUGGAUGCGGCGAACGCUCGGUUGAUGAGUGCGCUGUCUCAGCUGAAGGAGCGCUACAGCAUGCAGACACGUAACGGCAUCUCGCCCACCAACCCCAGCAAGCUGCAGAUCACAGAGAACGGCGAGUUCCGCAACAGCAGCAACUGCUAGCAAGGCCACAAUACCCUGCGAGGGACAAGGGCUAUGGGUAAAACCACCAGUGGAAAAACAAUCACUCUCUCUGGACUUUUAACAACUUUAACUCGAUUUAAAAAAAAUAACACUUGUUCUUGAAGCUAUUAGAAGUGAUUCUUAUUAAGUGUGAAAUGUAAAUGGCUAUAGAUUUCAUAAUCGCUUUGACAGAUGAAUUUGAUCUUGGUCUUAGUAAACAGAAUGGAGUGAAAUACAAAUAACCUGAGAAACGAAGUCUUUAGUUACCGUGUGAACUCUGUUUUUAAGUAGACAUGAUGUCACUUGUAUGGUUUGUUGAGUUGUGUCUUUUUAGAUGAACAAGCCAAGCAAAGAUGUCAAAUCAGAUGGAUCCCAUCACGCGCGUUCGUAGCCCUCCUCACUAAGGACACUCUGCAGUUCGACUGAACUUAACGUGUUCAUAAAAAUGUGCAUAUUUGCUUUUCAUUUCUCAAGUUUACUAGUUAGCAGCAUGUUGAAAAUACAAAUGUAUAUCAUUAUUUGUCAGAGCACUUUUUUUUAAGUGUUUUAUGAUUUGCAUAUUGUCUGGUAGGCAAGAAUCACUAAUGGCAAGCUGUUCCUUUUUGAUACAUUUGUACAUUUUCCUGUAUACAUUUUUUUUUUCUUGCCUAAAAUCUCUUUUUUUUGGCAUGUCUCGAGUCGUACCAGGGCUAGCAGUAGCACAAAAAGUUCUCUUUGUUACAAAACUGCUCGUGGUAAUGAGAGACCUUUCAAAUCCAUAUUUCCAUUUGUUGCAUACUUUUUGUAUGUGUAUGACAUAUAGGUCUAAUUAGAGGUGGUCUGCCUCGUUGAUGUACAUAAAACAUUCACGUUGUCCUCUUUGUUUUUUAAACUGUCUCUUGAGAGAAGAGAGGUAAAUGAAAGGCUUUUUGUACAGUGUAUAUUCCUAUUUGCCGUGUUCAGUUCCGCAGUGCUGUAUUAGAAGUCUAAACUGUUGAGGUAUAAAUUCAGGUGCUGCUUCUAGGCACGACAGCGCUCGCUGCACACCCUGAACCUCCGCAGGUUUUCCUCCUUCAUGAUCCAGCUCUCCAGCUGUGCUGUGGCGUGGGUAGAUAAAUGCUUACUGAUGCUGCUUGUCGUUCUCGUGUAGGGCGGAGGUCUCCUCCAGAAAAAAAAAUACCCCAAACUCAUUGGCGUCUGGCCCUCUCUGUCUGGCUCUAUGCACUUUCUAGCAGUAGAAUGCACUCCUUAACCAAAACUCGCAUAUAUGGACUCAUAAUAAAGGCUAUCUGCUCACAGAGACAUAUUAAACAUGUACAGCGUUGGUCAGUGCUAUAGAAUAAUAUAUAGAAUAGCGAUAUAUGAAAGCGAAGAUGCUGAAGGUACAGGUACAGGUCGCAUUCUUCACUCUUCCUCCACAGCACCUGUUCUCAGGGCAGCCACAGCAGUUAACACCGCAUGACUCUAAUUAAUCUAUUCUCUGCUCACAAUUGCGUUCUUUCACUGCUGCUUGGUUGAACAUGCUUUACAGAACAGUGGCAGAAUCUUAUUCAACCUAAUGAGAAACUGCAUCACACGUCUGAAUACCUAAAUCAUUCACUUUGGGGCUUUACAAUGUUUGUUUAGUGAGGAUACCUUUGCCACCAUGCCAACAUAAUCUUGAUUACACUCAGCCAUUUCUGCUGAUUCCAAUCUUGAAAGAUUGUGAUUUUGCAUCCCUAAUAUUUUGAAUGCAAACAUAAAAGACAGUUAACAUUUCAUAUUGAUUAGGAAAGUUUAAUAAAGGUGGAGGUAAAGACAGUGAAAUAACUGUGUACAAGGGAAACUAGAAUUUUUAAACAACUAAAUUGUUUAUAGAAAUAAAUAAAAUACAUUACAAUGUGUUUAAGUGGCAUUUCUGCUUUUAUCUCAUUUGUUUUGGAAAUAUGGUGUAUGUAUAUGUAUGUAUG